CCAACACAUCCUGUUUUCUUUGGCCGCGCUCCGGGGGCCGCUGCCACUGUGGCUGCUGCCGCCUGUUAGUGCUGCUCCUCGCCUGGCGAGUCGAGGGCAGCGCGGCCUCCUACGUUGUGCGGUACUUGUGCGAGUGGUCCCGAAGGGCGCCGCUUUCCCGCGGCCGGCGGCAUGGGCCGGGAGUCUCGCCACUACCGGAAACGGUCAGCAUCACGGGGACGCUCUGGAAGUCGAUCUAGGAGUCGCUCACCCUCAGACAAAAGGAGUAAACGUGGCGAUGACAGGCGGUCUAGAAGCAGAGACAGAGACAGAAGGAGAGAGAGGUCUCGGAGCAGGGAUAAAAGACGAUCUCGGUCCAGAGACAGGAAGCGUCUGAGGCGUUCCAGAAGUAGAGAGAGAGACCGAAGUCGAGAGCGAAGAAGAUCUCGAAGUCGAGACAGGAGACGAUCACGGAGUAGAAGCCGAGGCCGGAGAUCCCGAUCUUCUAGUCCUGGCAAUAAAAGCAAGAAAGCUGAGAAUAGGUCUAGAUCCAAAGAGAAAACAGAUAGUGGAGAAAGUUCUAAAGAGAAGAAAAAAGACAAAGAUGACAAGGAGGAUGAGAAAGAAAAGGAUGCUGGCAACUUUGACCAGAAUAAGCUGGAAGAGGAAAUGAGAAAGCGAAAAGAAAGGGUUGAAAAAUGGCGAGAAGAGCAACGUAAAAAGGCCAUGGAAAACAUAGGGGAACUGAAAAAGGAAAUCGAAGAGAUGAAACAAGGGAAAAAAUGGAGUUUAGAAGAUGAUGAUGAUGAUGAAGAUGAUCCUGCAGAGGCUGAAAAGGAAGGAAAUGAAGUGGAGGGUGAAGAGUUAGAUCCGUUAGAUGCUUACAUGGAAGAAGUGAAAGAGGAAGUAAAAAAGUUUAAUAUGAGAAGUGUGAAAGGUGGUGGGGGAAAUGAAAAGAAGUCUGGGCCAACAGUCACAAAAGUUGUCACUGUUGUGACAACUAAAAAAGCAGUCGUAGAUUCUGAUAAGAAGAAAGGUGAGCUGAUGGAGAAUGACCAGGAUGCCAUGGAGUAUUCUUCAGAGGAGGAGGAAGUUGAUCUUCAGACGGCCCUGACAGGUUAUCAGACAAAGCAGAGAAAGCUUCUAGAACCAGUCGAUCAUGGAAAAAUUGAAUAUGAACCAUUCAGAAAAAAUUUUUAUGUUGAAGUUCCAGAACUGGCAAAAAUGUCUCAAGAGGAGGUGAAUGUAUUUCGGUUGGAAAUGGAGGGCAUUACUGUCAAAGGAAAAGGUUGCCCCAAACCAAUUAAAUCUUGGGUUCAGUGUGGGAUUUCCAUGAAAAUCUUAAAUUCUCUCAAAAAGCAUGGUUAUGAAAAGCCCACGCCAAUCCAGACCCAGGCGAUUCCUGCUAUAAUGUCUGGACGAGAUUUGAUUGGUAUUGCCAAGACAGGAAGUGGAAAGACCAUUGCCUUUCUGUUGCCCAUGUUUAGACACAUCAUGGAUCAGAGGUCAUUAGAAGAAGGCGAGGGACCAAUAGCUGUCAUCAUGACUCCAACUCGAGAACUGGCUUUGCAAAUUACUAAAGAAUGUAAGAAAUUUUCGAAGACCUUGGGCCUUAGAGUGGUCUGUGUUUAUGGAGGAACAGGAAUCAGUGAGCAGAUUGCUGAGCUGAAAAGAGGUGCUGAAAUUAUUGUUUGCACACCUGGUCGAAUGAUUGACAUGUUAGCAGCUAACAGUGGUCGGGUUACAAAUCUUCGAAGAGUGACAUAUGUUGUUUUAGAUGAAGCAGACAGAAUGUUUGACAUGGGUUUUGAACCACAGGUCAUGCGCAUUGUGGACAAUGUUCGUCCCGAUCGACAGACAGUUAUGUUUUCAGCUACUUUCCCCAGAGCUAUGGAAGCCUUGGCUCGCAGGAUCCUGAGUAAACCCAUUGAAGUGCAGGUUGGAGGCAGAAGUGUGGUUUGCUCAGAUGUGGAGCAGCAAGUGAUUGUGAUUGAAGAGGAAAAGAAAUUCUUGAAGCUGCUUGAGCUUCUAGGCCAUUAUCAAGAAUCAGGAUCUGUCAUCAUAUUUGUGGAUAAGCAGGAACAUGCUGAUGGUCUUCUGAAAGAUUUAAUGAGAGCUUCUUACCCUUGCAUGUCUCUUCAUGGAGGCAUUGAUCAAUAUGACAGAGAUAGCAUCAUAAAUGAUUUUAAGAAUGGGACCUGCAAACUUCUUGUGGCUACAUCUGUUGCUGCCCGAGGCCUGGAUGUGAAACAUCUGAUUCUUGUAGUAAAUUAUAGCUGCCCCAACCAUUAUGAGGAUUAUGUGCACAGAGCAGGACGGACUGGAAGAGCAGGCAACAAGGGUUAUGCGUAUACGUUUAUCACAGAAGAUCAAGCUCGGUAUGCCGGUGACAUAAUUAAAGCCCUUGAAUUGUCAGGGACUGCAGUGCCUCCUGAUCUCGAGAAACUCUGGAGUGAUUUCAAAGAUCAACAGAAAGCUGAAGGGAAAAUAAUUAAAAAGAGUAGUGGGUUCUCUGGUAAGGGAUUCAAGUUUGAUGAAACAGAACAAGCUUUGGCUAAUGAGAGAAAGAAGUUACAAAAAGCUGCUCUUGGUUUGCAAGAUUCAGAUGAUGAGGAUGCUGCAGUUGAUAUUGAUGAGCAAAUUGAAAGCAUGUUUAAUUCCAAGAAGAGAGUGAAGGAUAUGGCUGCUCCUGGAACAUCUAGUGUUCCUGCUCCAACUGCAGGAAACGCUGAGAAGUUGGAAAUUGCAAAGAGAUUGGCUCUUAGAAUCAAUGCUCAGAAGAAUUUGGGCAUUGAGUCUCAGGUAGAUGUGAUGCAACAGGCCACCAAUGCAAUUCUCAGAGGUGGCACCAUCCUGGCUCCCACUGUAUCUGCAAAAACCAUUGCAGAGCAACUUGCUGAAAAGAUCAAUGCCAAGCUCAAUUACGUGCCUUUGGAGAAACAAGAGGAGGAAAGACAAGAUGGUGGACAGAAUGAAUCUUUUAAGAGAUAUGAAGAAGAAUUAGAGAUUAAUGACUUCCCACAGACUGCUAGGUGGAAAGUUACUUCUAAGGAAGCUCUGCAGAGAAUCAGUGAAUAUUCUGAAGCCGCAAUUACAAUCAGAGGAACAUACUUCCCCCCUGGCAAAGAACCCAAGGAAGGAGAGCGGAAAAUUUACUUGGCAAUUGAAAGUGCCAAUGAACUGGCUGUGCAGAAAGCAAAGGCAGAAAUCACCAGGCUCAUAAAAGAAGAGCUGAUCCGGCUGCAAAAUUCAUACCAACCAACAAAUAAAGGAAGAUACAAAGUCUUAUAAAACACAUGGAAGAAACUUUUUACUUGUGCUGUGCUGUGAUACACGUGGCAAUUGUUGUCUGCAGUUUACAAUGUAUUUUAAAUUAAGAUUUUUAA